AUGCAUGAGAAAGUAUAUUUGUUUGACCCCUCUCUUGCGGCGCCUACUGCUGGCUUGUGGUUGGCGGAUACCAUCGCUAGCCGCCCAAAAUCCUUGUUCCGCUCCGGGGCCGAAAUGCGGCCCAAUAGUCGCUACCAAUUCACAAUCGAGGUCAUCUGCGCUCUUCCUCUGGAGGCAGACGCCGUCGAGGCGGCUUUCGAUGAAACCUAUGACCGACUGUGCAGAUACUAUGGUAAGCAGCAAGGGGACUCAAAUUCGUGCGUUAAUGGAAGAGUCGGCAAGCACAAUGUCGCGCUCUGCUAUAUGCCAGAAUACUGGGAAUUACUAGUGCAGCGAGCGUCGUCUCAAGCCUACGAAUCUUCUACACGAGCACCGAGCUUGCUCUAG